AUGGCUUCGCCAACAAAGCGCACACCCCGCAAGGCCGCACCCCAAAAAAAGUGGACCGAGGAGCACCUGCUGACAAGUGAGAAGUCCGUCUUGGUCGGCGCAGAUCUUGUGAAACUAUUGGCGAGCUCUGCAGCAUGGAGCUGUUUGGAGGAAGAUGAGAAACGCCAAAUCUUAGCUCUCCUCCCCGAAAAUACACACCCAAUCACGGAAUCUUCAUCGGAGAAUCCAAAGAAGAUCAUUCCACCUCUACCCGAUUCUUUCGUUCGUUACUCCAACAAUUGGCGAGAUGGUAUCCGCCAGUUCCAGCUUGAUCUCCAAAAUGGCCGCUAUGACCCAGAAUGGUUGUGCCAGGCUGAAGAGGCGCGAGACAAACGUGCAAAUGGUGAUUUCGAUUCCUUUAAAAAUGAUGAAUUCGAAGAGUUCUGGGGCCAGAAGCAGAAAGUCGACAUGAAUCUUGCAUGUGGCGAGAGUGGACGCGUCAAGCUCAGAGAUCUUAUUGCGGACGGUGUAAUCUUGAUGGGUGACGUGUGGAGAUUCCAAUUCGUUUUCGGCAAGGGAGAUGAACGGAUUUUCAUUGACAAGGAAGUUACGGUCCAUAAGAUUCAUCCCGCAAAGUUGACCUUUAUCAUCCCUACCGGUCAACGUGUUUUCCUCCCAAGUGGCUCAGCAAUAGUCCAAGCGACAGAACCACAGACUCAGGAAAGCGGGAAUAGGAACGGGGACGUUAAUGAAUCCACUAAACAAGAAGGAAAUGAAGAGGAGGGAAAAUUAUCUCCGAAAUUGGAUGAUGAUACUUAUCUCGGCAUCACAAAAGAGAUAGCUACCACAGGAAUCAAGAAAGAGACAAUUGCGCCUACACAGGAGAAUUGUCCAGAGCCGAAAGAAAAGCAAAUCUGUCUAACUGGAGAAGCAAGUUCAAAUGACAACGACAAUGUUCAAGUUGUGGUUAUGAGCUCUCACUCUGCAAUUCAGUCAGUACCUGACGUCGUGCUGAAACGUCUAGUUCCUCAGUCUACUUCAGAACCAUCACCAAAGCGAAAGCGCGGCCGACCGCGCAAACAUCAACCCACUCCAGAAUUAUCACAAGAUGUGGAUGCAUCAGACGUUUCUGGGGAGGCUCUCCAACAGAAACUUUUCAAGUCAGAGUCUGUUGAGCUAGAAAUUGAGGUCCAGGUCCAGCAACCUAAAUCUCUGGAUCACAAUUUCACUAACGACAUUACGAAUGCACCCGAGCAAAGCGAACCUGAAAUCCCUACUAAUCACCAUACAAUCACUCAAUCUCCGACUUUUCAUGAAACAGAAAUGGACAUUGACACAACCAACGACUCCACAGCCUUGACCACUGAAUCGCAGAUUAACCUAAUUAAGCCUUCCCCUCAACCAACUUUCAGUGGUCCAGCUGCGAUCAUUGUCACCGUGGUUUCGCCUAACUCACUCGUUAAAGAAAUUUUGAAAACAGACGGCCGCAGGCCAGAUGGGCGAUCAGCGAAUGCCUGGAAAGAGAUCCGCUGCUUCAGGAAUAACCAGGAUAUGGGCUCACUCUUUGAUGUGAGACACACUUGGUAUCUUCAACAGCAAAAAUAG